AUGGCUCUGCUACUGCCAGGGUCUCUGCUGGGCGUUGUUUAUGGAGUUAUUCCAGUUAACAACCCUUCAGGCUGCCUGCUGCUUCCCGGGGAGAUCAUGAAACGAGGUCGCCUUCCCAGCAGCAGUGAGGAUUCUGACGACAAUGGCAGCCUGUCGACUACCUGGUCCCAGAAUUCCCGGUCCCAGCACGGGAGAAGUUCAUGCUCCAGACCUGAAGAUCGAAAGCCUUCAGAGGUGUUCAGGACAGACCUGAUCACUGCCAUGAAGCUCCAUGACUCCUACCAGCUGAACCCGGACGAGUACUAUGUGCUGGCGGACCCCUGGAGACAGGAAUGGGAGAAAGGGGUCCAGGUGCCAGUGAGCCCUGGGACCAUCCCCCAGCCUGUGGCCAGGGUUGUAUCUGAAGAGAAAUCCCUCAUGUUCAUCAGGCCCAAGAAGUACAUCGUCUCGUCAGGCUCCGAGCCUCCGGAGCUGGGCUACGUUGACAUCCGCACGCUGGCCGACAGCGUGUGUCGUUACGAUCUCAACGACAUGGACGCCGCGUGGCUGGAACUGACCAACGAGGAGUUUAAGGAGAUGGGAAUGCCCGAGUUAGAUGAAUAUACCAUGGAGAGGGUCCUGGAGGAAUUUGAACAGCGGUGCUAUGACAACAUGAACCACGCGAUAGAGACCGAGGAAGGCCUGGGAAUCGAGUAUGACGAAGAUGUCGUCUGUGACGUCUGUCAGUCACCCGAUGGUGAGGAUGGCAACGAGAUGGUGUUCUGUGACAAGUGCAACAUCUGCGUGCAUCAGGCCUGCUAUGGAAUCCUCAAGGUCCCAGAGGGCAGCUGGCUGUGCCGGACGUGCGCCCUGGGCGUUCAGCCCAAGUGUUUGCUGUGUCCCAAGAAGGGAGGAGCGAUGAAGCCCACGCGCAGUGGGACCAAGUGGGUGCAUGUCAGCUGUGCCCUGUGGAUCCCGGAGGUGAGCAUCGGCAGCCCCGAGAAGAUGGAGCCCAUCACGAAGGUGUCCCACAUCCCCAGCAGUCGGUGGGCACUUGUGUGCAGCCUCUGCAAUGAGAAGUUUGGGGCAUCCAUACAGUGCUCCGUGAAGAACUGUCGCACGGCCUUCCACGUGACCUGUGCGUUUGACCGGGGCCUAGAGAUGAAGACCAUCUUGGCAGAGAACGACGAAGUCAAGUUCAAGUCCUACUGUCCGAAGCACAGCUCACAUCGCAAAGCUGAGGAGGGCCUAGGUGAGGGGACCGCUCAGGAGAAUGGGGCUCCUGAGUGCUCCCCGCGGGAUCCGCUGGAGCCCUUCACUGGCCUCGAGCAGAAUCGUGAGGAGGCCCACCGGGUCAGCGUCCGCAAGCAGAAGCUGCAGCAGCUGGAGGACGAGUUCUACACGUUCGUCAACCUGCUGGACGUAGCCAGGGCCCUGCGGCUGCCCGAGGAGGUGGUGGACUUCCUCUACCAGUACUGGAAGCUGAAGCGGAAGGUCAACUUCAACAAGCCCCUCAUCACCCCAAAGAAGGACGAGGAGGACAAUCUGGCCAAGCGGGAGCAGGACGUCUUGUUUAGGAGGCUGCAGCUGUUCACGCACCUGCGGCAGGACCUGGAGAGGGUUCGGAACCUCACUUACAUGGUGACCCGCAGGGAAAAGAUUAAACGAUCUGUGUGCAAAGUCCAGGAACAGAUAUUCAAUCUUUACACUAAGCUUUUGGAGCAAGAAAGAGUUUCAGGUGUGCCUUCUUCCUCUUGCUCUUCCUCCUCACUGGAAAACAUGCUUCUGUUUAACAGUCCUUCUGUGGGCCCUGAUGCUCCCAAGAUAGAGGACUUGAAGUGGCAUUCUGCGUUCUUCAGGAAGCAAAUGGGUACUUCCUUGGUUCACUCGUUGAAGAAGCCCCACAAGCGCGAUCCAUUGCAGAACAGCGCAGGGAGCGAAGGCAAAACUCCGAUAAAGCAGCCAGACCUGGGGGGCAGAAGGGAGGGGACAGUGGGCCCAGAGAGCUUUCUGAGUUUUGAAAAGACCUUUGCAGAAGCACGGCUCGUAUCAGCACAACAGAAAAAUGGCGUGGUGAUGCCAGACCACGGGAACAGAAGAGACCAUCGUUUUCAUUGUGACCUCAGCAAGGGAGACUUAAAGGACAGACCUUUGAAACAGAGUCACAAGCCUCUGAGGUCCACAGACGUGUCCCAGAGGCACGCGGACCACGCCAGAGCUGCCGCCUCCCCUGGGGCGGGGCAGUCAGCGCCGGGCACGAGGAAGGAAGCGGCGCCCAAGUGCAACGGCUCCCUAAUCAAAGUGAACUAUACCCAGUCUGCAGUCAAAGUGCCUACAACACCUGCCAGCCCAGUGAAGAACUGGGGCGGAUUCCGGAUUCCAAAGAAGGGGGAACGGCAGCCGCCGGGAGACGCCCCCGAGGGGGCCUGCCACCAGCACUCAGACUACCCCUACCUGGGCCUCGGCCGAGUCCCAGCUAAGGAGCGGGCCAAGAGCAAGCUGAGGCCCGACAGCGAGAACGACGGGUACGUCCCCGACGCGGAGCUGAGCGACUCGGAGAGCGAGGCCUCGGAGAAGAAGUGUGUGCACGCCAGCAGCUCCAUCAGCAGGAGGACAGACAUCAUCAGGAGAAGCAUUCUGGCCUCUUGA